AUGAGCAACAUACCGAUACUUGGUCCACCUAUCGAUGCGACUCACCAUGCUACACAGGGAAACAAACUGUCCGAAGAGGAAAAUGAAAACAAUGUAAACAAUGAGGAUGCCAAUGCAGAACAAUCUGAACCUCACGUUUCACCCAAACAAUCAACACCUGCAUCAGAGAUCACCGAGAACGAUAAUGCUACUCUCACCACCACCGGAAGUCAGAGAAGGCGAUCGGACCAGUCAAAGGACAUCGCAGUCGACGAAAGAGACAGAGAUGGAGAAAGAGAUAGCGAGUCGACAGUCUCAGUCCCGGAAGAUGCCAAAACAGGAUCAAACGGGAAUGCGAAAAGACUAGAUUCAUCGUCAUCGAAUGAAGACGAUGAACGUAAUCAUGGUGAUUCGCAAAGACGGGAGGUAGCGGAAGAUGGAGAUGAUGGGGAUGAAUGGAGUUACGGAUCUCAAUUGAAGGCCGAUCAGAAACUCCUUGAAUCGCGAGGACUAGCCGCCCACCAUUCACUAGCUCUAGCUUACGAUCAUUUGUCCGUGCGUGGACAAGGAGGAGCCGACGACGUGACGUACGCACCUACUGUUGGGGGUAUAAUCGCACCGUGGACCAACAGGCGAUAUAAGAAGAAAGCCGCUAAAUUAGCCAAAGCUCGAGUAGAAGCCGAGGAAAAAGGUGGUUCGGACGAUGCUGGUGCUGGAGAGAGUGGUCGCGGUGAAGAUAUGAGAUGGAAAGAGGGUGAUCCCAUACCUAAAAAAGGUGAAGAAGGAUUACGCAAAGGUGAAAGAUAUCUUUUGAAAGAUUUCAACGGGCUGGUCAAACCUGGAGAAAUGAUGUUGGUCGUUGGAAGACCAGGAAGUGGAUGUACGACUUUCCUCAAAGCUCUUGCGGGUCUGCAUAAUGGUUAUGCAGGCAUAGACGGGACGAUAUAUUAUGGUGAUAUGUCUGGAGAUAAGGCUUUGAAUCCUUAUAAAGCGGAUGUGAUUUUCAAUUCGGAAGAAGAUAUUCAUGAUCCCAAUUUGCUUGUUGGAAGAACAUUGGAUUUUGCCCUGAGGAUGAACACCUCUUCACCUCAUGCUAGGUUACCUGAAGAAGAUGGUGGUCAACCCAUGUCGUCAAAAAUGUAUCAGGAUAAAACAAAAGGAGAGCUAUUGAAGAUUUUUGGGUUGGAACACACACAUGAUACCAAAGUGGGUGAUCAAUACGUACGAGGUGUAUCAGGUGGAGAGAAGAAACGUGUAUCCAUUGCAGAAGUGUUGACUACCAAGGCAUCCGUACAAUUAUGGGAUAACGCUACGAGAGGUCUGGAUGCGGAUACAGCACUGAAGUUUAAUAAAGUCAUCAGAACCUUGACUGAUAUCGAGAGGAAUACCAGCGUGGUCAGUUUGUAUCAAGCUGGUAAUGGAAUAUACAACUUGUUCGACAAAGUCACUGUCAUCGCCGAAGGAAGGGUAAUAUACUAUGGUCCAAGGGAAGAAGCUAGAAAGUACUUCGAGGAUUUAGGUUUCGUACAUCCCGAUGGAGGUAACACUGCGGAUUUCUUGACAUCAGUCACAGCGACAAACGAAAGAGUGAUCAAAGAAGGACAUAAUGGAAAAGCACCCACCUCUCCCGCAGAGUUUUCCAAGAUGUACGAGAAGAGCGACAUUGCCAAGAAGAUGCGUCAAGAGCUAGAUGAGCAUCUCAAGAAUGAUCAGAAAUCUCAGGAAACCCGUGAUACCCAAGAUGCACUGCAAAAGGAGAAGCAUCGAUUAGCGCCCAAGAAACGAUCUGAGAAAGUCGACUAUUUCACUCAGGUCAGAGCUGCUUUGAUAAGGGAUUACCAGAUGAGAUGGGGAGAUCAGUGGACUCUAUGGGCUCGACAGGCUACUACACUCAUUCAAGCUCUUCUCGUCGGAUCUCUCUUCUACUCUGUAUCAGAUACAACCGGUGGUCUAUUCCUGCGAGGAGGUGCCAUCUUCUUGACUCUCUUGUACCCUUCGUUAAUCAGUUUGAGUGAGACUACCGCUGCUUUCUCCGGACGAGCCGUAUUGGCAAAACACAAGGCCUUCUCACUCUAUCGACCUUCGGCUGUACUUGUCGCUCAAACUAUUGGAGACUUGCCUAUCUUCCUUGGUCAAUUGAUCAUUUUCACGUUGAUCAUCUACUUCAUGGUUGGUCUCAAGGUCGAUCCCGGACUGUAUUUCAUCUUCUUAUUGUUUACAUACAUCACCACGUUGUGCACUACCGCAUUCUUCAGAUUUAUUGGUUAUUCCUUCGGCACGUUCAACAAUGCUUCGAAAGUGUCUGGUCUAAUGUUCAGUAUCUUAGUGACUUACGCUGGUUAUAUCAUCUACACACCUUCGAUGAAACCUUGGUUCUCGUGGAUUAGAUGGAUCGACCCUGUAUACUACUCGUUCGAAGCAUUGAUGAGUAACGAACUUGCCGGCGAACAAUUGCAAUGUAUUCAACCUCAGUUAGUUCCCUAUGGUCAGAACUACAUGGGUACACCAGCAGGAUGUGCCAUUGCAGGUGCUCAACCUGGUUCUACCACGCUCGACGGACAAGCAUGGCUAAAUACCGCUUUGGAUAUGUAUAAAUCCCAUGUAUGGAGGAAUUUCGGUAUAGUCGUGGCAUUAUGGAUCUUCUUCCUUGGUUUGGCUAUGAUAACGAUCGAACGUCUCCCCGCUGCUGGAUCAAACAAGGCGAUUUUGCUGUAUAAACGAGGAGGCGGUGGUAAAUUCAUCAGAGCUUCAAAUCAGAAUGGUAAUGCCCCUAGAGAUGAGGAACAGGGUAACUCGGAGAUGCAGACAAAUGAAAAACCUGGAAAGAAAGGAGAUAAAGAUAAACCUGAAGGUGUUGCUGCUGAAAACACUACGUUCACAUGGAAGAAUCUCACUUACAAAGUGCACAAUCACGGCAAAGACCUUACCUUGCUCGACGAUGUAUUCGGAUACUGUAAAGCUGGAACUCUGACUGCGUUGAUGGGAUCUUCCGGAGCUGGUAAAACCACUUUAAUGGACGUGUUGGCAGCUAGAAAGACGGAAGGUGAAAUUCAUGGUGAAGUACUUAUGAAUGGACAAGCUUUACCUGUAUCCUUCCAGAGGACAACGGGUUAUUGUGAGCAGGUGGAUGUACAUCUUCCUCAAGCUACUGUCAGAGAAGCAUUGGAGUUCUCAGCUCUGUUGAGACAACCCAGAUCUCUCUCAGACAAGGAAAAACUCGCCUAUGUCGAUGUUAUCAUUGAUUUACUUGAAUUACACGAUAUUGAAGAUGCUAUGAUCGGUACUCCUGGUGCUGGGCUUGGUGUAGAACAACGUAAACGACUGACAAUCGGUGUUGAGUUGGUCAGCAAGCCGUCAUUGCUAUUCCUUGACGAACCUACUUCCGGAUUAGAUGGUCAAUCUUCAUUCUUGAUUGUUUCGUUCCUCCGUAAAUUGGCUGCAGCUGGUCAGGCCGUGUUGUGUACGAUUCAUCAACCCUCUGCGUCGUUGUUUGCCCAAUUCGAUUUGUUGCUAUUACUCAAAGCGGGUGGUAAAAUGGUCUACUUCGGUGAAGUCGAUAAUCUCAGUGACUAUUUCAGUAAACACGAUAUCAAAAUUCCCAAAGAAGUCAACCCAGCCGAGAGGAUGAUCGACAUCGUAUCCGGUGAUCUAUCCAAAGGUAAAGAUUGGGCUAAGAUAUGGUCCGAAUCAGAAGAAUGUAAAGCCCGUAUGAAAGAUCUCGAAGAUCUCAAGAAAGACACUUCGGGCAAGAGGGAACAUCCAGAAGAAGAUGAUAAAUACGAAUAUGCCUCUACUACCGGAACUCAAUUGAAACUUGUCACGAAAAGAGCUUCGAUUCAACUUUGGCGUGAUACAGAGUAUGUCACUAACAAGGUUGCGUUACAUAUUGGUUCGGCCCUAUUUAAUGGUUUCUCGUUCUGGAUGAUUGGUAACAAAUACGCAGAUUUGCAAAAUCGUAUUUUCACUAUAUUCCAAUUCAUCUUUGUUGCUCCCGGUGUGAUCGCCCAAACUCAACCUAAAUUCAUUGCCAAUCGAGAUAUCUUCGAAGCCCGAGAGAAGAAAGCCAAGCUUUACUCAUGGCAGGCUUUCUGUUUCGGUGAAAUCGUAGCGGAAAUCCCAUACCUCUUGGUCUGCGCUUUACUUUACUUCGCACCUUGGUAUCCCGUCGUAGGAUUUAGCUUCAAGCCUAGUGUCGCGGGUCCUGUAUACUUGCAGAUGACCCUGUAUGAAUUCCUCUACACUGGUAUUGGUCAAUUCGUCGCUGCUUAUGCUCCCAAUGCUGUGUUCGCGGCCCUCGUCAACCCGCUUCUCAUUGGUGUACUGGUGUCUUUCUGUGGUGUGCUCGUACCUUAUCCUCAAAUCACUGCUUUCUGGCGAUACUGGAUCUAUUAUCUCAAUCCAUUCAAUUAUCUUAUUGGCGGUCUCGUCUCUCGUAUCAUGUGGGACGUCGAAGUCCAAUGUGCCGAACAAGAAUUUGGUCUGUUUGACCCACCAUCUGGUCAAACUUGUUCCGCAUACAUGCAAGAUUUCUUAUCUCAAAAUCCUGGAUAUAUAGAUAAUCCAGAUUCUACCAGUCAAUGUAGAUACUGUCCAUAUUCCAAGGGUAAUGAGUAUCUGCAAUCAUUGAAUUUGGGUGAUAAAGUUGAUGGUUGGAGGGAUAUCGCUAUUACCGCACUCUUCGUGUUGUCCUCUUAUGGUUUUGUCUUCCUGUUAUUGAAAUUACGAUCCAAGGCUUCCAAGAAAGCUAGCUAG